GGAAUGUUGCGAUUAGGAGUGAUGGGAUGAUGACGGGACAUUAUUUAGUUCCUGCUUGUGUUUUGGUAAUUAUCUUAUGAAGUCAGUUUUCUUCAGUACAUUCCAUUUCUUUAGGCAGAAAAUUGUCUUCUUACAUGCUUACUAUUCUGUCAUCAAGAACACUAAAUUUUGAUCCAGUUGAGCUUUUUACUAUUUUAUCAGAUCUUUGGCUCGUUUCUGUUUUCUCAGUUCAUUGAACUAUUUUAAGGUGAAGAUUUUAAGUGUUAUAAGUAUAAAUACUAUAAGUAUAUCUGGAAAAAAAAUUUGACCUGAGAUGAUCUUUGAUAGACCCAGCUAAGCAUGAGAAAUGUUUUAAACAAUUUUUGUGAAUGAAUGAAUGAAUGAAUGAAUGGUGUGAAAAUAGACUACUUAAAUGAAUCACUUAACUUUUUUUUAGAAAUGAUAACAAGGAAUUUGUUGUUUAGAAUUUUAGCUAAGUUCAUGUAUUGCAGGUACCCCUCCCUCACAAGGUAAACACGUUUGCAGACCCAGUGACCGCAGGUCAGCCCGGGCCAAGCCUGCGAGGGUCUCUCCUGAGUUGCUGGAAGGUUCUCCUUCAUGGACGAUUCUUGAUCCCAGGCUGGGCCCCUGCCCAUUUUCUGAGUUGGGUUGGGUCUCUGGUUCAUCUUCCUGUGGUGAACAUGGGAACCAAAGAAAAAUUAAUCACGCUGAAUUCCUAGUACCCCAGAGAGAUCAUGGCAAGGAAGCCAGGGAUAUAGAAAGCAUGCCAAUGAUGGUGAAGAAAAAGAAGAAGAAACCGAAGCAAAAGAGAUAUCCUCAGUCGCGAGCUGGGGGACCGUGGGAUGAUGACAAUGCAUAUGAGCCCAAAGAUCAUCCUGUUGCUCCCAGGUCCCUGAAGUCAGGUAUUGGCCCCAGCCAGCCUACUGCUGUGGGCACAGAAUAUGGACUUGUAUCUAGAGAAGUCUUGAAGCAUGACCAUACAGAGAGGGUUACUUCAUGUCCAGAACAACCUCCAGAAACUGUAGCAAAUGCUCAGAUCAAGCUGAGAGUAGAAGACCACAGAGGUAACAGUCCAGUGUCAGAGAACCAAGAUAAGAACCUGCUGCAUCAAGAGGAACACAAAUCCCCAGCUCUAUCAUACCUGAAGCUGGAUGUAAGCAGGAUAGAGGGCCCAUCUAGUGUGAAAAGAACCCCAAUAGACAGUGCUACACACGAAGUGGCAACUCUGCUAGGAGGUUGUCCCCCCAUAUUGGGCCAAGAGAUUAUGAAUAGAGUUUCAAAACCUACAACAGAGAAAGUGCUAUCGAGUUUGACCCUUAGUUCGACAGCAAGCAAUCCAGUAGAAGACUUUCUAAAAGAAGGGAAUAGCAAAAGUAAAAUGACUAAACUGCAGAUGUUUCCUGACAGAGUUAGCGAUGUUAAAGAACUAAAACCAGAGACUUCCCUCAAGCAUAAAGAAGAAACUAGUCUGUUUGCUUCUAAGGAAUGGAAAGACCAAGAACUAAUUCAGGCUCCUGGGCUAGAGGGUGAGCUGUUUAAGAGAACAACAGGUGAUGGCAAAAGCAGGAAGGGAAGGGGUUCUGGGAAAGUCAGAGCAGGUUGUGGGAAGUUAGGAGCCAAAUAUGAGGUACCAUUCCUUCUGAAGAGUGAGAAAGGGGCGGGAGCUGUUCCUUUGCCAAGUGAGCCAGUCCCUGAAACUAGAAUAGUGAGUACUGAGGCUCCAAGAAGAGGGGUAGACUUGGAUCCUUCAACGCAACCAGGGGCUAGUACUGAUUUCACUGAGGCAGUGGUGAAGGUGGCCAGAGAGGAGGCUGAUAGCGGUGUGGAAAGUACCAUGCAGCCAUUGAUUGCUUUGGAAACUGGGUCAAACUUGACUCAGACUUUGGAUGCUAGGACAGAAAGAGCCGAAGUUAAAAAUAUGAGCAUCAGUAACCAGAGCAAGGAAGGAAAGUGUCCUUGGAUGGAUCAUGAUUCAACUCCCCGGAUUUCUGAAAAGACUAAAAAGAGAGUCAGUGAAGGCAGAAACAAAAAGCUUAAAAAUAAUUACCCGGUACAGCCUAGCAGAAUGGAGGGCAAGGAGGAAAUUGUCAGCCCACCUUGUGUAGAGAAGGAGAGUGAUAAUGGUAAUGUUGCCCAUAAAAACAGGGAGUUGGGGCAGAUUUUUCCUAAAAUACACGAUUCUUUGUUCUCAUGCGCAUCAUAUACACCCACAGGAGAAGUUUCUGACAAAAAGAGUAAGAAUGUUGAGUCUAAGUCUGUUGAACUUGGGGCUCUUGUUGAGAAUAAAGCAAACUCAGUCCAAGGUUCUGCUGUUACUGCCAAGGCGGCAGAGGUGAGCACCCAAGACCCAAUCCAGGUGACAAGAUUUGUUCCCUCAGUUGAAUCUGAGGAAAGCAAGACACAUGUAGCCAUGGCACACACUGGAGUGGCUGACAAACCUAAUAAAAGGAGUAAUGAUGGGAAAUGUAAAAAGGUUAAAAAUAGUUUUCCUGAGAAACAUAUUUUGCAGAUUAAGACAGAUACAACAAAAAUGCAUAUUCCUGUGGAAACUACAGGAGACUGCAAAAUUGAAGGAAUGGGGUAUAUGGAUGAAAAUAGAAAUAUUACAUUUACCUCUGAGAGAACCCCAUUAGAGCUGAUGAAUAAGUCAGCUCCUGUAGAGGCGAAGGGUUCAGCAGGCUGUGAAACACUGCCCUGCCCUACUCCUCAAGUAGUUAAGGAAGAUGAUUCCUUCCCAGACACUUCUAGAAAGAAUGGGCAAGAGAGUCUCCUAGCUCAGAAUUCCAAAUUAUUAGCUCAAGAUAUGUGUAGCAAAGAUGGAGUGCCAGGUCAAGAACAGCCCAAGGCUCUCUCUGCUGCUGUACCCUCUACUAGCCCAGGAGAUGUUGAGACUUUUACAGAAGCUCAGGAGAAGUUUAGCAGUCAUGGAGAUCACUCUCUUAAGAAUAAAGGUGAGAUUGCUGGUUGCCGGAGAAAUGAAGUAGGGACAAUCCCUGAAAGGCAUGAGGUAGGAGAGUCUGAGUCAGAGCAGCCUGGGUCCUCUAAGCAUUCAGCCCAGCAUCCCAUGGAGCCAGCUAAAGGACACUUCCUUCCUGGUGUGCUCACAGAAAGCCAGAGCCUGCCAGAAGAGGUCAGAGUCCUAGACACCCAUGCAGAUAGUAGAGAUUUGCCAGCAUCUCUGGUGAAGAAAGAGAAGAGAACUGAGGACUCUGCCCAAGUUCAAAAGCCUGACCCUCUGAGCAGUAAAGCACAGAAAUUCAGUUUGUCUGAGGACCAAAAUGAGAGAGAAUCCAAGGGCCCAGAUAGUUUGGAUAAGAAGGUAGCUAUCAGUCCAGAAAAUGAAAAAGAUAAAUUAAAAGAAACUAGUCUGUCCUGUGAAGUCACAAAAUUGGAACGUGUUACCAUGUUAACAACAGAACUUCAGUCUGAUGUCUCAUGUGGCAGUGUUGAGGGGGAAAGUAAAGUAGAGGUGACGGCUUACAAGGAUCCUCAAGUCCUAGAGUUCAAAGGUAACGGGGUCGGAGCUCCUCAGAAGAUGACGGGGAUGUCUGAACUGAAGGUGCUGGGUGAAAAGAAGAAGGAAGAUAAAGGCAGAAUGGCAGAGCCGGUGAAAGGCUACAUGAGACCGACCAAGUCUCGAGGACUUACUCCACACUUGCCGAGGUCUGCAAGUCAGGAAAGAGAGAGAUCCAAGCUGCUCAAGUCUAGUGGUAUGACCCUGCCAUGGGGAAGUGUGUGUGCUUGUGGCUUUUGAGCAGCAUCAGAAAAGCAAACAGCUUGUGCCUUGGUUCCAUUUAGACUCUAAUCAUCCUUGUUAAUCAUUGGUUUGUUGGCAUGAGAACUCGUAACUGCUACUUAUGUGGGUUUUUUUCAGCCAAGGCAUGUCCCUGUGUUCAGCUUGAGACUGGCGACUUGGUUGCAUGUCUUUUUAAUAGAGCACUGAAUCUUGAGAUUUAUUGGAAGUUGGGGAGUGGGGAGCAUUGCAGCCCUAUUUUCUUAUAUUGUGUAUACCUCCUAUGUAUAAAGUUAGGCAAAGUAUCAAUCAUUAUUUGUUGCUAAUAUUUGCUGGAGGGUGAGCUAGAGAGAUGGCUCAGCAGUUAAAAGCACUGUCUGCUCUUCCAGAAGUCCUGAGUUCUAUUUCCAGUUACCACAUGGUGACUCACAACCAUCUAUACUAGAAUCUGAUGCCCUCUUCUGGCAUGCAGGUGUACAUGCAGAUAGAGAGCUCACACACGCUAACCAACCAACCAACCAACCAACCAAACAAAUUUCUCUUUAGCCAGGCAUGGUGCCUUUUAAUUUCAGUACUCAGGAGGCAGAGGCAGGCAAGUCUCUGUGUGUUUGAGGCCAGCCUAGUCUAUAAAGUGAAUCCAGGACAGCCAGGGCACUGUUACACAGAGACUGUCUCAAAAAACCAAAACCAAAAGCAAAAGAACAAAACCAAAUAAACAAACAAAAAACCCAACAACAACAAAAACUUGAAGAAGGAAAAAAUACGGAGUCUGGCUGAGUAUAUGAAACUUGGCUUUAUUUGUCAUUUGUUUAUAUUUAUAGUAUAUAAAUAGCUUGAGCUAGUGGGAGUAAAAAUCCAAACUGCUUUCAGAUAAAAUGAAAAUGGUAUGCCUUUAUCUUUGAAGCGCCAGACUAGUAUUGGUAGGCACAGACUUCAUGUUUCAAGUAGUGGGAAAUGAUCUCUCAAGGUACCAGGUAGGUGAGGCUGAUUUGAUCAGUUUUGCUGCUGACAGCCAUUUUAUGUGGAUUAGAGUUUGAAGCAGUCUCUGUGUUUAUCAAACAGUUCAUAAAGCAUUUCCUUGCCUUUGAAGAUUUUUGCAGCCAAACAAAUGGUGCUUUCUUAACCAGUUUGCAUUAUCCAGCUACUACUAACUUGGGAAAUUUAAAAACAACAAAGGGGCUGGAGAGAUGGCUCAGUGGUUAAGAGCACUUGUCCACUCCUCCAGAAGUUCUGAGUUCAAUUCCCAGCAAUCACAUGGUAGCUCAUAAUCAUCUAUAAUGGAAUCUGAUUCCCACUUCUGGUGUACAUGGACAGAACACUCAUAUAUAUAUAUAAUAAAUAAAUCUUAACAACAGAACACCAAGCAGCUGGUUAGACUUUUGCUGAGGCAUCAUCAUGAGGUGUUGUAUUCUGUAUGGUAAGAGCUUGUCCUUGCGGGGAGAGCUAUGUGUGAAUGAGCACCUGAAUUGGAAUACUUGUGGCGUGAGGAAAGUGUGCAUAUGCUAUUUUCAUCUUACUGCUUUCAUUUUCUUCUCUUAGCUAACCUAUUAAAGUAGAAAAUGAAAUAAACUAGCAUAUAGAAAGUGUUCCAGAGCUCUACUGCAUUCCCUAGUUUGGGUUUCUAGGCCGGCUCUUUAGUUUUGUUAGUGAUUAAAAGGUAGAGUCAGGUUUUCCAAAGAAAUGUUCAGUGUUUCCAGGGAAUUCUAGAAAGCACAUUUGUUCUUACUCAGAACCUGUAGAGUUCCCUGGACCCUGCCAGGUCAGCCCAGGAAUGCCUGUGUGUAUAUGUGUGUAAAAAUCAUUGCUGCUCCUUGGAAUUUUACCAAUUACUACCUCUAAGAACAAUAGAUACUUUUGAAUAGUUAAAAGGUUUUAACUGAGCUGGACACCCUAGGACACACCUGUAAGGCCAGCAUUUGGGAGAUGAAGGCAAGAGGAUCAAGAAUCAAGGCCAGCCUGGGGUAUGCGAGCCCCUUCCAAAAAAAAGUCAUGAAAUUUUUUUCUUUCUUUAGAUUUAUUUUAUAUUUGAGUCAUUAACGUAACACACUGACAAAGUACAAAGGAAUAAGCAGUGAAAUUAAGUCUUUUCUUUCCAUUAAACAAUUUCAAUUUUCCCUUUUCAUAUCAAACUGACUUUUAACAGUAUUUUACAUGUCCCUACAAAGAAGUUAUGCUUAAGAAUGUCAUGCAUGUUUACUCUUGUAUAGGCAUUGCAUGCUUACUGAUACAAACCUUUCUUUUUAAAACUUGUCGUUGUUUUGAAAGAGUUCAGUGCAUAAAUAUGUAGUCAGAUUCAUUUUUUUAGGUAGUAUCUUUACUACAGGAGUCCUGGGAAGGGGGUAGGUGGUGUCUCUGCAGAUGUCAGGCAGGAAAAACAACUGUGAAGAGGGGAGAAUGGAAACUUUGAUUCAGUUUCACUUAGUCAGACUAGAUCAAACUUCGCCAGGUGGCUUAUUGAGAGCAUAUUUGAACACAGAACAAUUUGAAAAAAAAAAAGUUUCUUGACGUAAAAGAAUCCUUGGUGUAUGAAGAAGCAUAAUUAUAUUACAAUUCAAAAUGUAUAUAAUUUCUUGUAAGAGCAUGGGCGCUAGAGAUAGUCUAUCUGUAUUAGCUUAAGGGACUAAGGAAGGAUCUGGCCUGUCUUGGUCCUAAAGAUAACAUGGGGGUCAUUUGGACACCUCUGGUCCAGGUUGUGAGAGCUUUGGCUCUGGAGCUUCUACCUAUACAGAUAAUGUAAGGGUCAUUCAGACUAUUAGGUAUCUCCAGUCAUGGUUGGGGGAGCCCCUGGCUAUACAAGUAAUGUAAGGGUCAUUUAGAUUACUAGCCACCUCUGGUCCUGGUUGUGAGAGCUUUAUAUGGCCUAGCCCAACAACAAUGCAGAUCACCAGGCUGUUAGCCACUUCCAAUUCCCAGCUUUUUGGAUGGAAAAAACAGGUUUUAUAUAUGUAUCUCCUUCCCUUUGAAAGGACAGUCAUGUGUGCUUAACAUUUCCUGGUUUCUCUGGUAUUCUUUGGGCAUAAAGACCUUCCUGCUCCAACACUAGCAGGCCUAAAACUCCCUGUCUCCUCAGCAUAUACUGGGAUUACAGGUACAUUCUACCAUGCCUUAUCUGCUUUCACGUUUUGUCCCUGGCUGGCAGACUUGGCCUUAGUAAAUUUUACCUUUGCUCUUAACUUUGAGUCAUUCCUAACGGCUUUCUUUCUGAUUAUUGAUCCUCACCUGCCUUGUCUCCAUUUGUCUAGUAGUCAAAUGGCCUGAUGCAUGGAUUUCAGUCUUACCGUGCUGGGUGGUAUGAUAGCUCAGUAGAUAAAGGGACUUGAUGCUGAGGCAGAUGACCUGAACUUGAUGGCCUACAUGAUAGGAGAGAGCUGUCGCCCUCUGCAGGUUGUUCUGACCUCCGUGUAGAUGCUGUAGCAUACAUGUAUACACAAACACAAUAAAUAAAACUAGUGCUUACCAUAGAUUGAGGAAUGAAUAUUGUCUAGUUGGUUACCCAUAGAUGAAAGACACAUGUGUGUUUGUCUGUCUGUCUGUCUCUCUGCCCACCACACUCACAUAUACACAAAGAUACUGUAUAUUUCAAAGCAGGCUCUCAAGAUUAUACGGUGGUGUGGUAGAGGUAAAUUCUGAACCAACCAAGUCUUUUUAAAUUUGAAGUGUUAUUCAUUCUCCUUGGAGAAUUACAUAUAAAUUGUAGCUAUUUCCUAAUAAAAAGACGAAGGGUGACAUUAGUAAUCAUAUAAUUUUUGUUGGUUUUGUUUGCUUGAGUCUCCCUGUAUAUCCUUGGAUUAUCCGGAAUUCAGAUCUGACAGUCUCUCUUGCAUGCUAGUGUUAAGGGUAUGUGCAGCCAUGGCCAGGAUGUUUAUAGUCAGCUUAGGACUAAAGUCCAAGCCUUUGGUUCUUCUAGUAUUCUCCACAAUAAAUUUAUGUUUGAUUUACUGAUGUAUUCUUCUUGGUAUCUAGUGUAUAGUUUUAUAUGUUUUUGAAUUAAUGAUGAAUGACUUACCGUUUGUUAGCCUUAGCCUCUUUGGAAAUGAGGAAGUAAAUAUAUAUAUAUAUUUUUUUUUACAUUUUUUUUCUAGUAUCUUGUUUUCUCUCUUGACAUUUUUAUGCCACCUUCCAGUUUGAGAAAACUUUAGCAGAACUUUCUUCACAUUUGAUGCCUAUUGUUCUAGGCAGGAAAGACUUACAGAAGUACAUGAGGAGGCCUGAGCUCAGAGUAUCAAGAAAGCGCCUCUUAUGGUACCCUCCCCCCCCUUUUUUUUUUUUUUUUGUGAAAGGGAAGCACAAGUUUGAAAGGGUGUUUCAUGUGUCAAAGAGCUGAGUGACAACACACUUGGGGGAGGUGUUGCUGUGAGUGGAACAGUUGGGGACCCUUCAGAUAGGCCCUUCCAUUUGCCAUACUGAAGCCUGUUCUCCUUCCUAUCCAGCUUCAUUUCUUUCACUCUGGUUUGCUACAGCUCAUCAACUGUUUGGCAGCAGCUGGGAAUGUCAGUUUAUGGUAGAAAAUUGUCUUGGUGUGAAACUUGAAGUAAUUUAUAAACCUAGAAUUCUUACAGUUUCAAGGCCCUUGUAUAUAAAUAAAAUAUGCUCAAGAGAUUUUUUUUUUUUUAAAGCAUUUGUAAUCUUAGGAGUUGCUACUAUUUCACAACUAGAGAAGCACCCACUUCUUAAAAGGCCGCCCUUUGGCAUGCCUUUUUCUGUGCUGUCCUCAGCUCACCUCCUCAGUACAUGGUGCUUUGGCUUCCUCCACAGCCUCCACUUGCAGCCCAGAUUGGCCUUAAUCUUAAUACCUUCCUGCCUCUGCCUCAUGAGUAUUGGUACCAGAGGCUUUUGUGCUACUCUGCCCAA